CUCCUCAGUGGCCCAGAGCAAACGAAGGCCGUUGGAGAAUGAGCCUGUUUUUCUCUGAGUCAGCAUGGCUCUCCUUGGCUGCCACUGCAGUGCUGGGGGGCAUGCUUCUCUGCAGAGCCAAGAGCCCGGAGCAGCGGUGCAGCCAGGUGCUGUGCCUUGCUGCCCUCUGGGGAGGUGCUUGUCUGCUCCACCUGUCCCUUCUCUGCAGCCUGUUCCUCUUGUCGCUGUCCUGCUUCUUCCUGGGUAUGUGGUCAACCGAUCAAGAAUUGUUACCUGUGGAUCAAAAGGCCGUGCUGGUGACAGGUGCUGAUUCUGGUUUUGGACAUGCCUUGGCCAAGCACCUGGACAAGCUGGGUUUCAGAGUGUUUGCCGGAGUGCUGGACGCGAAAGGCUCGGGAGCGGAGGAAUUGAGGAAAACCUGCUCUGAGCGCCUCUUGGUGCUCCAGAUGGAUGUCACCAAGCUUGAGGAGAUAAAAGAUGCUCACAGCAAAGUCACAGAAAAGACCAAAGACAAAGGGCUGUGGGCUGUGGUCAACAACGCUGGGAUCUUCCAGUAUCCAAUAGACGCGGAGAUCAUCCCCAUGGCCCAGUACAGAAAGUGCAUGGCCGUGAACUUCUUUGGAGCCGUGGAGGUCACCAAGGUGUUCCUGCCUCUCCUCAGGAGAUCCAAGGGGAGGCUGGUGAACAUGUGCAGCAUGGGAGCUGAGGUUCCGAUAAAAUGGUUGGCCGCUUACUGUUCCACGAAGGCAGCUUUGACCAUGUUUUCAUCAAUCGCCAGGCUGGAGCUUUCCAAGUGGGGAGUCAAAGUUGCUAUCAUCCAACCUGGAGGUUUCCAAACAAACGUUGCAGGCUCACCUGACAUUUGGGAUAAAAUGGAGAAGGAAAUUCUGGAUGACAUUUCACAAGAGACACAGGAUGACUACGGCCAGGACUAUAUCCAUACACAGAGGAGUUUUCUCCAGACCAUGAAAACCAGAUCCAGCCCAGACAUCACCCCUGUGCUUUGGGACAUCCAGCAUGCCAUUUCGGCCAAGAACCCCUCUUCGUUUUAUACCCCAGGGAAACUGACUUAUCAAUGGAUCUGCCUUAGCUCCUACUUCCCAACCAGCGUAUUGGACUAUGUUGUGCAGAAAUGUUUUGGUUCAAGAUACAAGCCAAGAGCUCUAAGGACGUCGAGUUAGAAGAACAAGGCCCCAGUGGGGUAGAAAAUGUCACGUUCUUAGGAUGAAAGGGAAACCUCUUAUUAAACUCAUUUUCUACCUCAAAUUCGUAGUUUGAAACCUGUUGGUUCCUUUUGCUGUAGUGGCAGGAGGGGCUGGAGAGCAACAGGGAGCACCGUGGAGGGUGCUGCUGAGACCUCCUGCCACCAGGCACCAACCAGAGCACGCUUUCCUCCCAGAUGCUGGACCUUCAAUUCUAGCCCACUUCAGGACAGUGACUAUAACAA